AUGCUGUCUGACACCCUGUCUGCCAGAUCCUAUUUGGAGCUAAGCCAUGAGUUAGCGCAAGAACGCGAGAAUCCACAGAAUUUACGGGAUUCUCUCUCUGAAACUCCUCCAGAAAUCUCGGAAAACUUGGGCCCGUGCUUCCCGCAGAGAGAACGGGGAUCCCGAGCCAAAUCGGACAAGACCGACACAGUGCCCGAGAGGGACCCGCCACCACCACUGGCAGAUCGUCCCGUGCGUAAACGUGGCCGACCGAGACUGGAGACUGCAAAAGAUGCUGCAGCGAUUGAGGAACGGCGUAUGCAAAUCCGUCGAGCUCAACGUACCUACAGACAGAAGAAGGAAACAACUAUACAAACACUGAGGAGUCGUGUGGAGUCACUUGAACAGACUCUGCAGAAUAUCUCAGGCUUACUUGAUACUACCGAUGGCAGUGAAGAUUCUGGUCUGGGAUCAUCGCACGAUCACGCUCACACAAAGCAACUGAUCUUAGCGGAGAUUAAUAAGGCUCGAUCAUUUUCAGGAAAAAACACGGACUCAGAGACGUUUCGUGAUAUAUUCGGAUAUCAUGUCUCUCGCAACAAGCAUGAGGUAGAUGGUAGUGACCAGAGAAAACACCACGCAUAUCAACGUGCAAGGUCGCCGUCCCCAUUACUUAACCGUCUAUUCCCAACAACCACCAUCUACACCUACAGCAACCAAGAAUCAGAUUUAUCAAGGCGUCUCCAACGCUUUUGCCUAGAACACACAUACCGUUGGCUCAUAGAUCCCCGUUCAGACCCACUUCAAAUAAGCCGCAUAUUCGGCCUCGUGCCCUGCAUCCACGACAUGCCAGGCAUAUGUCGCUCGUUCCGACGAAUUCUGCAUUCUGAAAUCGGUAGCCCCUUAGAAGAGGUCACUAAACAGGCUUUCUACACACUCGGUGGUGCUGGUACUCAUUUCCCACGAUCGACCGAAGACGGAGAACCUAUCUACCCAAAGAACAUCCGUAGACCUGGAAAGAUCUUACGUCGCAUGGCGCGAAUCCUGAGACGCGGUGGCAUCCGAGAUUGGGACGAGGAUUGGAGUGGAAAUGCUGAACCUGAAAGCGAUGAAGAGCUCCAAGCGGCUGAGAAGUCAAUGAGUCAACGGGACCGUCUACGUGCGCUUGAUCUAGAGGGAGAUUGGUUCGACUGUCAUGAUGUUCAAGGAUAUCUCGAGCAACAAGGCAUUGUCAUAGGUAGUUCUUCCUUGUGGUUGGAUGUGCCAUCUGAAACAGUUGGGACUCUGCAUGGCCUAUCACCGACAGCGUCUAUAUCUCACCUGUAUGCAUCGUCAAGUGAAGGGACUCCGAGUGACCAGGGUGGAUCAACAUCAAACGAUAUUAACCAGUCAACUUAUGUGUUCGAUGUGGAGUGCUUCUUUGAAUUACUUUUGACCAAUUUGAGGAUUCUAGGCCGGGCUCCUGGGUUUCGGUUAUAUGAUGUGGAGACUGCGGUGCGAACCUCGAUUCACCGACGAUCUUCCAGUUGA